AGCGCUGUGAGGCGAGGAGCGGGCGCCUGGAUUCCUCCUUUGCGGGAUGGGGGUUGGAGGCUGUGAGGGCCGAGUUUGAAUGUUUCCUUCUGAAAAGUAUCUGUCAUGUGGAGAAUUCUUGUGGCCAAAGUGCUCCUCUUCCUCCUGCAUCCAAUAUUUGUUGUCUUGGGCUCAGAAUGCCAGUGGGUGGCUGUAGUCAACAGGUUUAAUAACCUUGGGGGCAACCGGAAUAUCUUUUCUUAUCAGCAUGAAAUUAAGAAAGUAGACGACAUCUUCAAGGAAUUGGUGGAUUCUGCCAUCGAUGCUGAUGAUAAAGAUGCAAAAUACCUGAGCUUUCCAUAUUACUUGAAAAUUAAUCUGAGCUGCAGUACAGUGGACUCUGAAAUGGCACUUCGAACAGCUCACUACACUGGACUGAGACCAGUUGUGACUGUCACUUUUGAAGAACCUGUCCACUCUGUGCGUAAGAAACAAGAACAGUUGCAGAUUGAAAUGACGGGAGCUCCGUUCAGGAUGGAAGGUUGUGACAGUGAAGAGGUUUGCAGGAUGUGUUGGUUCACACCGAUGCCCUUCAUGAAUGGCAGUGUAGUCAUGGAUGUGACUGUGGCCAGCAAUCACCUUGGCAUGACAGUGGACGAUAAGAGGUUCUCUAUCAAUAUCAAUGGAUUCACGAGAAGAAACAGAGCUUCCUUCAGGAUUGGACCAAAGAUGAAAGCUUUGAAUCGCUUCAUGUCUCUGUCAGAUCCGUCGCGUCCCUUAUGGCACACCCACAUACGAGCCCCUGUGCUCAUCCUUGGUGACAUCCCCAGGAGCAAGGUGGUCCUCCUCUCAGACACGGGGUAUGACGAUUACUUUCCAAUAGAGGUUGGCAUUGACAGCUGCUGGAUUGGCUCCAUCGAAUGCCGACAUAGGGGUUUCUCCAAUACUGUUCGUGAUUGCAUUGCGACAGAAAGCACCCUCUUCAUCCGGCAGAACCAGCUGGUCUAUUACUUUGUUGGUCAUUACCCCAUUCUGCACAUGAGAGGCCCCAGUUCAGCACUGUGGACACGUGUAAUGAACAAUAUCUGUGUGAAGAGAUUAAACCCCGUGUUUUUCACUGGCAAUGACAGUGAAUAUGUGAUUGUUCUUGGCGAGGGCACACAUAUAGGAGAACUCUUUCUUAUCACAAUACAAGAUGGGAUUGUGAAUUCCUCUGGCUCUCUGAGGGUACGCGAGAAGACAGUGUGCGAUUUUCUGAAUUUUUAUUGUGAGAUUGAGUGGGCUGUCUUCUCUACAAAUGAAAACAAGUUCUUUUUGCUAGUGAACGAUCAAGGAUCACAUUUCUUCUACAUUGUGGAAUUCCGGAAAGAUAUGUAUUAUAAGCAUCUAUAUGACAUCCCCGUAUUGAUACCCAGAGCUGCCUCCGAUGGGGGUUUCGUACUGUUACUAGGGAACGAGCAUUAUACAAAUCGAACCCUCGAACCAAGAGGUUUGGCUUUAAACCCCUUCAGUAAGAUAUUCUACAUCUGGGGGAAUGUUAUCUUGCAAAGCAAUGACAUGGCAAGUUACAUAUAUUUGUCCAACUUUCGGGGAGACUCACCCAUCAAAUAUUUUGUUAUGUCCUUUACUGGGAACAUUGCAUUUGUGACGGACGCAGAUGAGGUCUGGGUUAUGAAAGAGGGCAGCACAGAGGUCAAAAAAGCGUAUCCCUCAGAUGCCUGGAACGUGUACAAUACACUGCAAGUGAUGGAAGGCUCACCAGAUUAUGAUUUGGCUGCCAAUCAUUCUCUAGUCACUGUUUUUUUUGAUAAGGAUGGGAUGCAAGAGCUGAUUUAUAAAGAGGAUCCUGGAACAACUGGAAAGUUAAUCAAGAGGAAAUUCCCUCUGGAUCAUAUCCUGACCUAUGACCAGAUGAUCAGCACUCCACACAAAGGAAUGACGCACAAUCGGAUAAGCUACAUUAGAUUCACCCACCGUUGCCCAUUUGCCGUGCUCCGCUUUGUGGAUUUGCCAUUCCCACAGCGCUAUACUCGGAUGGAGCAUUACCGUGCCAAGCCACCAGAAGUCAUGGAGAAAACAAACUUCUAUGAUGUGAAGGCGCUGGUUGUAUACCAGGGUCUGGUCUACCAGCUACUCCAGCUGCACUCAGCUUACCACAGAUCUUAUGCCGAUCCAGUCCAUGACCCCACGUGGCGCUGGUGGAAGAACAAGAAGCAAGAUGCAGAAUACUACUACUACUUGGCCAGCAACAUGAAAUCUUCUGGAGGCAUCUAUGUUGACAUGGCCAACUAUGUGAAGAUCUACAAUCUCAGGCCCAAUAAUGUGCUGCCAAAAACCAUCUACUUGGACAAGGAACAAACUUUCUUUUUCUCUGUGUACUUGAGCAUCCGGACGACCAAACAGAGCAUGGGGGAAACGGCGGAAGAGAAUUCUCUCAACUACAUGUGGCUCACCAUACUUUUAGCCCAUCCGGAAUAUAUCCAUGCUGAUCUACAGAGGCACGAACUCAUCAGCAGAGGCUCCGUCCUGUAUAAGGUGAUAAUCACAGACAGCGGCAUGUACCCUAGGCAGCAGCUCAGUGGGAAGGAGCUGUUGAAGAGCUCUGCUAACUUAAAGGUUGCACACUCAGGGAUGAAUUGCUACAGGUACACGGAGGAAGGACCAGACACACAGGGCAGUGAUACAAUUGGCAUUAAUAUUGGAUGUCCUCCAGGCAGAAGGCUGGCUUUUGACAUCACUUACACCAAGAAUUACACUACCGAGAAGAACAAGCGCUACUUCGACUGUGUGAAACCGGACCCUGAGAUGCCCUGCUUCUACUUCAGUGAUGUGUUUUACCCUUUCUUCUUGAUCCAAGACAUGGUGACAGGGCACUCGGGGCGUUUCAAUGGAAGCUACAUCUUCACCAUCAUUGGUGGGGGAGCUUUUUCUGAAGAUAACAUCCGAUACUUCACCCCGGAGGAAAUUUUGCAAUACAACACUGUGACUGGCAGGGAAACAUCAAGUCUUAUCUGGUUUAGGGCUGAUGGUGAAGACAACAUGACCAGUGCUGAAGGUUUCCAUGUCCUCUCUCAAGCCAGCUCUGGGAUACUGUGGGUCUGCCAGCAGAACUCUCCCUGUUACGACAUUCUUCCCACUAAUACCUUUACUCCGGAUUACUUUUUUGUGCUGAAGGUAUCAAACAGGGGAGUGGACCAAACCACCUACUGCGACUACGCCUUGGAGUUCAUCGUCCACAUCCACGGCCUGCCCCUUAGCCGUACCAGGUCCGUCUUUCUCUUGCAGGUGUCGAUGGCUUCCAUCUUUGGCAUCCUUCUGCUAUACAUAGUCACACUUUCUGUGGGUCCUAAGGUCAAGGCCUUAAUCAGCGGCGUCUUCUUGAGGCUGGAACAAGCCAUUGUUUUCCGGACAGCAUCCAGCCUCACCUUCACCUCAUCGUUCACCAGCCAGUCAUCACUACAACAUGUUGCCUCUGAAAUCUUGCGAAGCCAUUCGCCACCGCCUUCUCCCAAAGCGGAUGCGCCGCGAGCUUCGUUUAUGCGCUAAUGCCCCCCAGUUUGCUUCUUCCCCUCCCCUGACUAUGACGCGAAGGGCUCCUCUUUGCCUUUCCUCAUGCGAAGGAUAAUCCGGAAUGAACUCAGCGGCUGCUGGUGUCAACGCAGCAGGUUGUGGCAACUCAGCGACUGUUGGAUCCGUUGGUGACAAAAGGGACAUCGUCACCCAUAAAAUACAUUAUUUUUUACUUGGGCCAAAAGGAAUUGGAAGCAUAUGUGUAUCUUUGGUUUUUUAUUAUUAAUUUACUAGUUCUCUUACACUUUUUGGGCCUGUGGGGAGUAUAUAUCACUGUCUAAUCGCAUGUGCCUUCUAUUUUCUUGCCCUUGCGUUUUCUCAUAGGAUGCAACCUGACACAGAAUUAUCCAGGAUGGUUUGAAUGUUUUUUUAAAGUGCUUAUUAUUCCCACCUCAUAAAGUGGGAUCAGUGAGUUUCUACUCCUGCGUGGCCUGUUCCUGAACUAGAUUCCUUUUAAAAAGUGCAUGGGCUGUGGCUGAAAGGAGAGCAUUUGCACCUUUCCCCACCUCACUUCUUAAUAAGAGUGCAGGCCU